UUCUCACGUGCUCGGAAGCAAAACUCGGCGAGGAGGGGGCGCAGGAGCGGUGCUGUGCACGGUUGCCUCUCUCGUCGCCAUCCCUCGCGGGACGCCCUGCCUUCCUGUCUGCGCGCCCCUAGACGAAGAGGGAGAUGCUGAAAGCCGUGGUCCUCAUCGGCGGCCCCCAAAAAGGGACCCGCUUCCGGCCAUUGUCCUUUGAGGUGCCCAAGCCCUUGUUCCCUGUGGCAGGAGUGCCUAUGAUACAGCACCACAUUGAGGCAUGCACUAAGGUGCCCAACAUGAAGGAGAUUCUCCUGAUUGGGUUCUAUCAGCCCAAUGAGGCCCUCAGUCGAUUCCUGGUGUCAGCCCAGCAAGAGUUCAAAAUACCCAUCAGGUAUCUGCAGGAAUAUGCUGCGCUUGGCACAGGUGGCGGCAUCUACCACUUCCGGGACCAGAUCCUCUUGGGUAACCCUGAAGCCUUCUUUGUGCUGAACGCUGAUGUCUGCUCCGAAUUCCCUCUGGGCGAGAUGCUCAGCUUCCACCGGCAACUUGGCAAUCCGGACAGCUUCCUCAUGCUGGGCACCACGGCCAACAGAAAGCAGUCUCUGAACUAUGGCUGCAUUGUGGCGAACACUGAGACGCAUGAGGUCCUGCACUACGUGGAGAAGCCCAGCACUUUUGUCAGCGAGCUUAUCAACUGUGGCAUCUACUUGUUCACGCCGGCCAUCUUCCAUCACAUUGGCACGGUCUUCCAACGGAACCAGCAGGAGCUGCUUCAAGAGGAGAGCACCAAUGGCUGGCAACGAGCUGAAGCCAUCAGGCUGGAGCAGGAUGUCUUCACAGCCCUUGCUGGGCAGGGACGGCUCUUUGCCUACAAGACGGAGGGGUUCUGGAGCCAGAUCAAAUCCGCUGGGUCUGCAAUCUAUGCCAGUCGCCUGUAUCUGAGCUGCUACAGCCAGUGCCACCCAGAAAGACUUGCCCAGAACCAACCUGGUGGACCCACCAUCCGAGGGAAUGUUUAUAUCCAUCCUGCAGCCUCGGUGGAUGCCAGCGCUGUGCUAGGUCCCAAUGUGUCCAUCGGGAAGGGGGUGACGAUUGGCGCUGGCGUGCGUGUGCGUGAGUCCAUUAUUCUGCAUGGGGCUUCUCUCCAGGACCAUACAUGUGUGCUGAACAGCAUUGUGGGCUGGGAUAGCACCAUUGGACGCUGGGCUCGCGUAGAGGGUACUCCCAGUGACCCCAACCCUAACGAUCCCUACGCAAAGAUCGACAGUGAGACUCUCUUUCGGGAUGGCCGCCUCACCCCAUCCAUCACCAUUCUGGGCUGCAAUGUGACCAUCCCUGCCGAAGUGGUCAUCCUCAACUCCAUCGUUCUGCCCCACAAGGAACUGAGCCGCAGCUUCAAGAAUCAAAUCAUUCUCUGAAGGGGGUGGGCAGGAGGGGAACCUCCAGCUGUCCCCAGGCGGCGGAACAGAGCACAGCCUCGGACAACGCUGCCCCCACCCUCAAGCCAUGGCCUCUCUUUGGACCUAGCAUGGAUCACCACAGACUUCCCUCCAGGUCUGUUCAUGGACACGGCAGGAUGGGGGAUGCGAUGCGAGCUUCCCUCUUGGGCUGCUGGUAUGUCAGGUGGCUUGCCUGGUCCUUCAGCUGCUGCAGAACCUUUCCUGGAAGCAGGAGGCCGACCCAUCCCGAGGCCGCAGUGCUGCCUUACUACCAGCCAAAGGCACUUGGGAAGGAAAGGAUGUGUGGAAACACUGGGGAGCCUUUAUUAAACCUGAGGGCCACAUUCUCUCAUGCGCAGUCUUACGGAGGCCAUAUGCCAAUGAGUGGGGUGCUAGAGCCCAAAGUGGGUGGGGCAACAGAAUCUUGCCUUUAUCAAGGCAAGGAAGAGGCAACAUCGCAGUCAAAAGACCUAUUCCAGCCAGGCAAAUGUGCUGGUGGGGAGGGCAGAGCAGGGCUGGUGUGCUGUGGGAAGAGUCCCAAGGGGAUGGCUCAAGAGACCUGGAGGGUUCCCCACCCCUGGCCUAGGCCAUUGAAGGACCCAGGGGUACAUCUGCAUGCCAUUUGGGUCUUGGGUGCAUUCGUCCAGCACCCCACUUUUCCACUAGCUGCAGUGCAUUCUUCCUGGUUCCCCAUAGUAUGGCAGUGUGUGUGUGUGUGUGUGUGUGUGUGUGUGUGUGUGUGUGUGAUUUUCCUGCUUGUGCACAAAGGCACCAAACUGGGAUUGUGGGGAUCUGCCACGGAGACAUGCUCUAAUCUCUUUGCCAAGCAGCUGCCCCAUAGUAUGUGCACACAGCCUUGUGUUUCUUCCAGAAACUGGAUGGUGGAGCCUAGAAGCAAUUUGAGUGGGCAGCAGCAUUGGGGGGGGGGCAAACUUACUGCAUAGCUUAACCUCCGCUGCAAACUGAAGCUUUGAUUUUAAAGCUCCAAGACGAAUGAGUAGAUAUUGGUUGAGGGAUCAACUACAGCUUGUUAGAGUGAGUGCAUGUUGAGGAAAGUGCUUGAGUCUGUUAGUUUUUAAGUUAACGGGAACAGCUUUCCACAAGGGCUGGAACAGGAGCCUGCAUUGAGCAAGGAGCUCUGGAGAUCAGAUGCAACACUGCAACAGGGACUCUGGCACAUGCAAGCUGCCACACUGCUGCUGCAGUUCAUUUGCACUCAGGCUUUACCUUUCCAUGUGCAAGGGCUGAGGUUGCAAGGAGAGAGGGGUUGUCCGUUGCAGAGGUGAGGAACUGGCAGCCCUCCGGGUGAUGCUGGACUUGAUCUCCCAUCACCUCUGACCCUGGGUCAUGCUGGCUAGGAGUAAUGGGAGCUGGAAUCCAACGACAGUUGGAGGGUCAAAUGUUCCUCUAUUGAUACAAAGUGCCCUGAUCUGAUUAGGUUCCGCUAACCUGUUUUCCUUGCCUUAAUAGCAGGAUUCCAACUGGGGGCCUGGGUGUUGGGGGAUGCACUAAGCUGCACCUAAGGGAGGUGAAAACCCUGCCCCUGGUAUAAUUCAGCACCAGAGAGGAGGGUUAUGUGUUUACAUUCUUGCUCUUUCUGAAGCACUUUGAGAACAUGUUGGAACGUGGACGUAUCAAUGUAAACAGCUAUGGAGGAUGUUCAGUUUCCAAAGCAACUCACAGCAAGUUUCCUUUCCAAGGUCUAAAGACUGGCUAAGGUCUGCUGCCUCUCUGCCUUGGCAAGUUCAGGAAUUAGGACCCUACAGUGAACUGGUAAAAGCAUCAGAGGAAACAGCUGACCCAACUCCAGCAGGUAGUGGGGUAGGGGUGAGGGUUAUUUGAAACAGGCUAUAUUGCCCCUCUGUGCUUGCAUCCAUCUUAACAUUGCAAAGGAUAUAUUCUGUGGCUGCAGAUCCCUUUCUAAUUUGUAUUUCUCCUGCCCCCCCAAUCAGAUUGUGACCUGGGUAAAAUUCAUACUAAUGAAGGCAUUAGCAAUUCAGCAUUUUGUUGCUGUUCGGGGAGGGAGGCUGGCUGCAUUGGUGUGCCUAUUUUUCUGUUUGUUUUUUACUUGCAGCUUCUUUCAUUUAAAAAACGAAAUAAAGAGAUAUUUAAAUAUAUAUAUUAAUUAUUCUUGAGCUGCAGCUUUCCGUGAAGUAGGAUGGGUGGGUUGUGAGGAUGAAGAAGAGGAGGAGGAGGAGGAUUGUAAAAUGCGUUGCAUACUGCCAAGAUUCAAAGUGCAGGUGUCGUUCAAAAACAACAUCCUUGGCUGGGCUGAGGGACGGGUCCUGGCCCACCUUUCUCUGAGAUGUGGCCUGCAUGUCAGGAAGCUUGUUCUGUCCAGUGGAACCACACUGCCUUCUGUUUCUUGGUAAUGCUAGAAAGAGAUGGAAAGUUGGUUACCUUCAUAUAUACAUGCAGUAGAUACUAUUUCAGGAACAGAAUCAGACAUGCAAGAGAAAUGCUAGCCUACCUUCCAGCUCCGAAAAAAAUAAAUUCUAGAGAGAGAAUGUCAGUAAGUAAACGGAGUAAAGAUUUGUGUAAUUAGACCUUUUUAUAACACAGGUUGUAAAGUCCCCAAUCAAAGGCUCCUGCGAAAGGUUAAGUAGUCGUGGCAUAAGCAGAGACAUCCUUUUGUAGAUUAGCAAGUGGCUGAGUGAUAGGAAAUAGCAGGUAGGCAUAAAUGGUCAAUUUGCACAGUGGAAAGAGAGAAACCGCAGGGAGCCUCAAGGAUCUAUAAUGGGGCCGGUGCUUUUUAACAUAUUCAUUAAUGAGUUGGAAAAAGGGAUUGAACGGGGAAGCAGCAAAAUUUGCAGAUGAUAAAUUAUUCAAGGUAGUUAAAUCUAAAGCAGAUUGUAAGGAGUUCCACGGGGAUCUUAUAGCAGUGGGAGAGUUGGGUAAUGAAAUGCAGUGUUGAUAAGUGCAACAAAGUACAUUUGGGAGAAAAUAGCCUCAGCUUUACAUACUUGACUCGCUAAGAGUACAGAAUUCCAUUUAAAGAAAACAGUCAAGCAGCCUGGCACUAGGCAUGCCAACUGGCAAGUCUGUGGCUGGCUCCAGAAGGCAGCAAGAGGGGACAUUUGCCAGGGCCCCAAGACCCAAGACAGGAGCCCACUGAGGAAGCUGGACAGACCCAUCAAACAAAAUCACUGCUCAGUUUUUGCUCUCCCAAAGGAGAGGGCAAGAAGGUGACAGAAUGGACAACAGCAACUGCUGAUCUCUUGGCUGGCUUUUCUGCCACCUGGUCAUGAUGAACAGGAUCCACCCUGAGAUGGACUGGGGAAGGGGGACAGCUCCCCCCCCCCGAAUCCUAGAGCUGGCUAGCUCACUAUUUUAACAUUACAUAGGUACAGAAAAAGGCAACCAUGUGGGUCCUGUGUGAAUUAUGGAAGUCAAGAUAUAUACCAGGGAUAGCUAACCCAUGACCUCCCCAUCUCCUAUCAUUCCUGACUAUUCGCCAUAGUGGUUUGGGCUGAGGAAGGUUGUAGUCCAACAAUGUCUGAGAGGGUCACAGCUUCCACAGCACAGAUAAUAUGUGGCACAGAGGCCUGCUGUCUAUCCGCCUCCCCUGCCAUCCUGCCCCAAUGCUGUGUUGACUUGACUAGAGCAGGCCUGUUCUGCUUGUGACCAACCACGACAAACUUAGCCCACCUGGCAUUGUACUGUGGCACACUCAGAAAUUUAAGGAGAGGCAGAUGGCCAUCUUUCAGGGUUGCUAUAGUUCCAAGAAUCGUGAUCUGCUCAGAGGGUUGAUCUAAUCCCCCUUCCAACUUAAAUGCUUUGAUUCUGAAUUCAGGUGCUCAACAACCAGCUUUGCUUUUGCAGACACAGGCAGGCAACCAAAACAGGAAGUGCCGUGAGCCUCUGGUAGAUGUUGUUCAGUUUGGUGGGCCGCAAGUUGCACAGGACUGGACUAGUUUCAAAACUACGCCAAAGAUUAUGUGGCUUUGAUUUCUGGCAUGAUUUCCAAAAAUGCCUGCCUGCCACCGCUUUCCAGUAAUGACUGUGCUUUGAGAUGGGACCUGCCUGUGCCUGGGUGAGAGCUUCAUCUUGUAAACUGCUCUGAACUUUAUAAUGAGAGGAACCGGGUGCAAUUUUUAAAAAUUCAGUAGUUAAUCAUGGUUGUGGGUAAGGUGGACUGGACUGUGGCUUUGAACUGCAGUCUUCAAAUACAUUUUGAACUUUGUGCUGCAUUUACAGGCCCCCUUUUUGUGGGCUGUCAAGUUAUUUGUGUGUGCGUAUCUAGCAGUUCGAAAGCACGUCAAAGUGCAAGUAGAUAAAUAGGCACCGCUACAGCGGGAAGGUAAACGGCAUUUCUGUGUGCUGCUCUGGUUCGCCAGAAGCGGCUUUGUCAUGCUGGCCACAUGAGCUGGAAGCUGUACUCCCUCAGCCGGCUCCCUCAGCCAAUAACGCGAGAUGAGCGCCGCAACCCCAGAGUUGGUCACGACUGGACCUAAUGGUCAGGGGUCCCUUUACCUUUUUAUCUGACCUUGUCAAGCUAGUAUUAUCAGUGUUUCUGUGCAUAUUCAGAGGCUAGAGUUGCACAAAUUGUGUCUCAUGACUUGUCAUGCUUAAGUAAAUCUAAAUACAAAGCUGGAGGUAGGAGUCCCAUAGCAAAGGGGAUGUUUUUUCUAUGUCAAAUUCAAAGCAACUUAAAUUCUGCCUCUUGGGAAGAUAAUGGUGAAAAUUGCAAGAUUUGGAAAGAGGAUGGCUGUGUUGGGGAAGGAUCAGGACUAAUGGGCAAGACCAGAGUCUUCCAGUAAGGGGCACUAUAUGGAUGAGUACAGAGGCAUUGCUUGGGGAAGGUAGACAGGGUUCUUGAUGGGGGUCUGAAUGGAAGAGGAGCUGCAGUGCCCAGCAGGCCAAGCCAUUUAUUUCCUCCUUUGCUGAACGUAAAGAUAUUGGUUUUCCGCUUGUGCAAAGGGUGGAGCUGAGGGUGGGAGCAGUGGAGGAGAAAUGCAGCCCGGAAAUCACAUUAGAUGUGCAAGAAUCCAUUAGUCCAGCUCUGAGUCUGUGCCUGGCUCCUGGUACCAUCGUCAUGCUGGGAGCUGAGUGCCGUAACAUGAUUUGCUGGUGCGUGACUGAAUUGCCUUGCUGUGGCCUGAGAAGCUGCUGGAGAUGGUUUGCAGGCAGAAAUUCAAUAGGUGAAGCUUUCCUCAUUGCUUCUUCUCUGUGCCAACAAAGAUUGCGCUCUUGAAUUCCUGUCUCUUGUGCAACUGUUAAAAGCACUGAGCGCGCUCGGUAAAAAGGCUGCAGGAGUCAUGCUCAGAAAACUGCAAUGACCGUUCAUGUGAACUGGGUUUUGCUUGUGAAUUUCUCUCUGCCACAAAAUGGGAGAGUUGAAUGGUGGACCUCACCAGUACCUUCCGAUGGUAUCAGUCUGACUCAGAGGAGUGCAUAGACACGGUUUAAAUACUUCUAGCAGAAAAGAGCAGGGUGGAAAAGGCAUGAUUGCAUGGGUUUCUCAGGACUUGUUUCGCUUUAUCCCAUCAGAACUGGGGAGCUGGUGUUUCUUCAUUUCAUUCACUUUCCUCCAGCUUCAAGAGAAAGCAAGGAAGGGUAUCAUGCCACGCUUGCCAAACACACCAAGUUUCAAGAGCCACCCUAAUUUUUUCAAUUGUAAGUUUUAAAAGCUCUUUAAUUAUUGCCUCCUAAAUUGUCAUAACCCAGCCUGGGACUGGUG